AUGUUUAGUGCUCCUGGCAAAGCCUUUGUGGCCGGAGGCUAUCUGGUUCUGGACCCCAAAUACAGGGCGUUUGUGAUAGCCUUGUCGUCCAGAAUGUAUGCCCAUGCUCACGUGGAGAAAGAGGCCGCAAAAUACACCGAGGUUUGUGUCAAGUCCCCCCAAUUCGCAGAGGGAGAAUGGUGCUACAAGAUAGAUCUUUCCCGACCAGAUCUCGCUCAGGAAAUACACGGCCGCCACAAUCCCUUUGUGAAAUCUACAAUAGACGUUGUUUUGCUGUAUCUGGCUCCAAAACAGAACAAACGCAUCACCAUCACCAUCUUCUCUGACCCAGAGUACCACUCUCAGAAAGACUCCACGCCGAAGACCUCCAAAACGGGUCUCAAAACUUUAUACUACCACUCGCAGCCAAUACACAAGGUGGCGAAGACGGGACUGGGCUCUAGUGCGGGUCUGGUUGCGUGCUUGACGACGGCGUUGCUCUCGUGUUUCAGUGAAAGCUUUGACGUGAAAAAGGAAACCACACUCACGAGGAUCCACAACCUUGCUCAGGUUGCUCAUUGUCACGCCCAGGGCAAAAUUGGCUCAGGAUUCGAUGUGGCUGCUGCAACGUUUGGCUCAAUUGUCUACCGCAGGUUCGAUCCACAGCUUGUGAACAAAGUGAUAGAGUCUUGGAAAAACGACGACUUGGUGCAAUUGGUCGACAACACGGACUGGAAGAUAGAACACACAAAGUGCUGUCUGCCUCCAGGAAUCAAACUGCUCAUGGGAGACAUUGUCGGGGGGUCAGAGACUCCAAAACUGGUUUCCAAGGUUCUGGAAUGGAGGAAGAAGGAACCUGAAAGGUCGCUUGAGGUGUGGACACAUUUGAACACGAACAACAUGCGGCUUAUUGAGUCGCUUGAAAAGCUACAAGACACCAGCAAGAUCCAGCCGGAAACAUACAAAUUAUCGCUCCGGAGUCUGGUGGAAGGCAACAAAAGCGGCUUCAGCGACGUUGUAUCGAGUAUUCGGGGAAUUCGCCGGUACAUGAAAAUCAUGACGCAGGAGAGCGGCGCGGAGAUUGAGCCAGACCAGCAGACAGAACUGUUAGACUACUGCAUGUCGCUAAAAGGUGUUUUGGGCGGAGUGGUGCCUGGAGCUGGAGGCUACGACGCGGUCUGCUUGCUGGUGGCCGAAGACGCCAUUCCGGAAGUGGUGGAGCGCACAAAAGACCUGUCUGUGACGUGGCUGAACCUGCGCGAGCAAGAAACAGGCAUCCGCGAAGAGGACGUGUCGAGCUUUAUCGGUUUUUUAUAG